CCUGAGCUCCGAGGAGCCGAACCCUUGGCGGCCUGGCGCGCCGGGAAGCGGCCCCGUAACACCCAGAGCGGGGGGACCCUGCCGAAGACCCUGGGCUUGGAAACCGGGCUCCCCGCGGGGCGCGGCGCGGCGCGGCGAGGCGAGAGGCGGGGGCAGGCUCUGGCUGAGCAGCCCAAGGGAGGGGGAAGGAAGCUGCCGCGCGGAGCUUGCAGCAGCCCCCCCGCCCCCGCCCCCGCCGCUUUCCCCUCGCAGAGGAGCGGGGAGCAGGUGCCAGGCAGCCGGCGGCGGCCGCGGUGCAGAGCCGAGCCGAGCCGAGCCGAGCCCAGCCCCGCGCCGCGCCGCGCUCCGCCCCGCCGGCGAGGGAAAGCGCCAGAAGAGCCGCUGGCGGGUCUGAAGAAACCCGCCAUGGGCUGCGCCGGACCCGUCGCGUCCUGGCUCCUGCUGCUGCUGACCUCGGCUCCUCUGCUCCGAGGGCUGCCGCUGAAGGAUGAGUCCCCCAUGACCCCUUCCCCACAGCUAGAGGCCUCGUCGUUGGGGGGCCCGGCUGGUGGCUCAGCCCUGGGGGGCUCCACGCCUCCCCCUGGGGUCCCCGAGAGUCUGUCUGAGCUACUGCAGGGCAUCCUGCUGAAGAAGGAGUUUCUGGGGCAGGCCGAGCCCCCCCCUGGCAGCCCCCCGGCCUCACAACCCCCGGUCUCGCCAUCGUCCCCCCAGCGCCUGGACUCCGGGGUCCUCGGCACGGAUGCGGCCUCCCCACUCACCACGGCCGUGCUGCCUCCCCAGCCCACCGCCCCGGGGGCCCCCGGCUUCCUCACCACUCCGCCGGGCUCCACUGCCACCCCCCUGCACCUGCUGCCCCCUCCCACGGGGAGCGACGAGGGGGGCCAUGUCACCAUGACAACCUACGUCCCCGAGGGCGAUGAAGAAACCACGACAACGCUCAUCACUACGACGACCAUCACCACGGUGCAUGCGCCCGUCCUUUGCAGUAACAACAUCUCGGAGGUGGAGGGCUACGUGGAGUCCCCAGAUUACGUGGGGGCUGCGUUCUAUGGGGGGCUGGACUGUACCUACAGCAUCCGGGUCUACAUGGGCUACGGGGUUGAGGUGCAGGUGCAGACCCUGAACCUGUCCAAGGACGAUUCCCUCACCGUGGAGGGGCUGGGCGGCGAGACCCCAGCUGUCCUGGCCAAUGAGUCCCUGAUGGUGGAGGGUCAGGUGAUCCGCAGCCCAACCAAUCAGGUGCUGAUUCACUUCCAGAGCUACCAUGCCACUGCCCCCAGCGUCUUCAAGUUCCACUACCAGGCCUUUCUGCUGAGCUGCGGCUUCCCCAGCCGGCCGGAGAACGGGGACGUGAGCGUCACCGACCUGCACCCAGGUGGCGCCGCCACCUUUAAGUGCGAGCUGGGCUUCCAGCUGCGGGGGGAGGAGACCUUGAUCUGCCUCAACGUCAGUCGCCCCCGCUGGAGCAGUGCCAGCCCCGCCUGCGUGGCGGCCUGCGGGGGGGCUGUGCGGAACGCCUCCCAUGGGCGCAUCGUGGCCCCCGAGGGGCUGGGCGGGCGCGGUGCCAACCUGACCUGCCGCUGGCUGCUGGAGGCACCCGACGGGCAGCGGCUCCACCUGCACUUCGAGCGACUGGCGCUGGACGAGGACAACGACCGGCUGGUGAUCCGCAGUGGCAGUAGCCGGCUCUCCCCCCUGAUCUACGACUCGGACAUGGACGACGUGCCGGAGCGGGGCCUGCUCAGCGACGCCCAGUCCCUCUUCCUGGAGCUGGGGUCCGAGAGCCCCGGGGCCCCCCUCAUUAUGGGGCUGCGCUAUGAGGCCUUUGACGAGGACCGGUGCUACGAGCCGUUCCUGGCGCAUGGGAACUUCAGCACGUCGGACCCGCUGUACCGGGUGGGGGCGCAGGUGGAGUUCGCCUGCAGUGCCGGCUACAUGCUGGAGCAGGGCCCGGCCACCAUCGAGUGCGUCGACCCCUCGGACCCACAUUGGAACGAGAGCGAGCCCACCUGCAAAGCGCUGUGUGGGGGGGAGCUGUCUGACCCGGCCGGCGUGGUGCUCUCCCCCGACUGGCCACAGAGCUAUGGCAAAGGCCAGGACUGCGUCUGGAAUAUCCGGGUGCAGGAGGAGAAGCGGGUCCUGCUGGACGUUGAAAUCCUAAACAUCCGGAAGAGCGAUGUGCUGACAGUGCUGGACGGCGAGGACCUGACGGGCCGGGUGCUGGGGCAGUACAUGGGCACCCACCCCCGCUUCCGCCUCUACACCUCGGCCAGCGCCGCCACACUGCAGUUCCAGUCGGACCCCAGCGACCCCCUCUUUGGCCUGAGCCAGGGCUUCCUCAUCCGCUUCUCUGAGGUGCCCCGGAAUGACACGUGCCCAGAGCUGCCAGAGGUGGAGUUUGGCUGGCGCACGGCCUCGCACGCAGCUGCCAUCCGGGGCACGGUGCUCACUUACCAGUGCGAGCCGGGCUAUGACAUCGUCGGCUCCGACAUCCUCACCUGCCAGUGGGACCUGGCCUGGAGCAACAGCCCCCCCACUUGCCAGAAGAUCGUGAACUGUGCUGACCCAGGGGAGAUCGCCAACGGGAAGCGAAGUGUCUCAGACCGACGCUUCUCCAUCGGCUCCCACGUCCAGUACUUCUGCCACGAGGGCUACGUGGUGGAGGGGAGCAGCACCCUGACCUGCUAUAACCGCGACACUGGAACCCCCAAAUGGAGCGACCGCGUCCCCAAGUGUGUCUUGAAGUACGAGCCGUGUCUGAACCCUGGCGUCCCCGAGAACGGCUACCAGACGCUCUACAAGCAUCACUACCAGGCGGGCGAGUCGCUGCGUUUCUUCUGCUACGAGGGCUUCGAGCUCAUCGGGGAGGUGACCAUCACCUGCAUCGCGGGGCACCCCUCCCAGUGGACCAGCCAGCCGCCCCUCUGCAAAGUGGCGUAUGAGGAGUUACUGGACAACCGGAAGCUAGAAGUCACCCAGACAACAGACCCCUCCCACCAGAUGGAGGGGGGUAACAUCGCCCUGGCGAUUUUCCUGCCAAUCAUCCUGGUCAUUCUCCUGAUUGGCGGCAUUUACAUCUAUUACACCAAGUUCCAGGGCAAGUCCCUGUUUGGCUUCUCCAGCUCCCACAGCUACAGGCCCAUCACCGUGGAGUCCGACUUCAGCAACCCGCUCUACGAGGCUGGGGACACCAGGGAAUAUGAAGUGUCCAUCUGACGGGCGAUGUGCCCCGUCCGGAGCAAGGAGGCAUCUGGCGGAAAGGAAGAGACGAGGCGGGGGGAGGGGUUUGAGGGGGGGCAGCGCGUGGUGGCGGGGCCCUGUCCUAUCUCUCCGCUCCCCCCAUCUCCCCCCCUUUUGUACAUAUCCAGGUCCAUGUGCCAACGUUCACAACUUUUCUGCUUUGGUAAUUAGUUAAUUAAUUUAUAACCCCGCCCCCUGGGUUCAUUAUUUAUUUUAUUUAUUUAUUUAUUUAUUUGUUUAUUUGCAUGGCCCUAGCUGGCAAGGCGCAGGGUCUGUGCUGCCCCCCCCCCCCCACCUUCCAAGACCGACCGGACGUUGUUGGAAACCCUGCAGUGACAAACCAUCCCAACUUGGCGCACGCGGCCCUGCGGCUCCCCGGAGAUCCUCCAGCGACAACCUGCAAUAACGUAGGCCCACCCUGCAAUCGCAGCAAUGCACAAAGCCCCGUGGCUCGCGGGGCCCUGUAGUAACUAAGGGGUGCAGCUGCCUUGGGGUGUUCAGGAGACCCUACAAUAAUACAUUAGCACGCAGAGCUCUGGAGCAUGGCGUAGACCGCCUGAGAGACCAUCCAAUAACAAACCAAGCCUCUCCCCCCCCCCGCCCCCGUCUUGUGACGCUGUCCUUCCCUUUAAGGGAAAAGCCAGAGGGUAUUUAUAAAUACCUUCUUGUGUUUUAUACUGUAUCCCUUUAAGGGUAUUCAGGGUAGGAGGUUGUAGCUCUUUAAGGGUAAAAAUAAUUCCCCAUUGCUCUUUUUAGGCAUAAAAUGCAGGGGAUAGUUACUCCUGAACUCAUCCCUUUAAGGGUAAAACAGGCAGGAGGGCAUUUAUUUUCACAAUGCUCCUUUAAGGCUAAAUAUAAUUGUUAAUCAUUACCUUUAACAGUAAAACACUGGCCCAUAAAUAUCCCUAGAACCCACCCCUUUAAGGAGUCUAAAAAGAGACAGGAGGAUACUGAGUUAAACAUCAUCCCGUUAAGGAUAAAACAUAGUUACAACUGACCCCUUUCCCUUUAAGCAUUAAAACACAGGAGGAUAUUUAGUUUAACAGCAUCUCUUUAAGGAUAAAACACAGGGGAGAUAUUUACUUCUAUGUUCACCCUUAAAGGGA